AGAAACGAGGAGCAUACAGGACUAUACAUACUAUUUCACCUCUUUGUCUUUCUCUCUCGCCGUCCCCCUUCCCUUCUCUUUCCCCCUCCCUUUUUCCUCUAUCUCGCACUCUCUACCUCUGCAGCACCGUCGCCAUGGACAUGCGUAAGAUCGUCCUAGGUCCCACGGUGUUUCUGGGAGGGUACUUCACCUCAUCCAGCACCCCUCGACACUCCUUCCACUUGAUCCCAAUCCGCAACAUACACAAAAAGUCCGACUCCUGGCCCUCCACAGCCGAUGAGCUGACUCCGUAUCGCGUCCUGGGGCUGCAGCCCGGCGAGCCCUACCGCAAGAGCGCCUUCUACGAGCGGGCCAAGCUCUACCACCCCGACCGCCACAGGACCGUGCCGUCCGCGCUGGCCCCAACCGUCCGUGCCUCGCGGUAUCGCAUGAUCGUCGCCGCCCACGAACUGCUCUCGGAUCCGCACAAACGGCAGGCCUACGACCGUUGGGGCGUAGGGUGGAUGGCUGCCCCGCAGAAGACUGCCGGUGGUGCUCGCCGGACGUACACGUACGCGUACAGCAACCCUUAUUCUUCUGCUGGUUAUAGCCCUUAUGCUUCUGCUGGUUAUAGUCCUGGUGGCUCUGGUUCUGGUGCUGGUGCCGGUGCCGGUGCCGAUGCAGGCGGCUUCAACCACUAUAACACUACCGACAAGGUCCCUCUCGCGCUACGCUUCUUCUGCACGCGCUCCGGCCUCCUUCUCGUGGUUGUCAUCCUUGUCUUCCUCCAGACCUGUCUCUUCAUCGUUCAGUACAACAAAGCCCAGCUGCGCGCCUGGCAGGUCCACCAGCACUGCCAGCGCUUGCUGGAGCGGCGUCGCACCCGCGCCGGCGAUUUCGCCGGUCUUCCAGCCACCCAGCUCGAGCGUUUCCUCCUCAAUCGCGACCCCAGUGGCAUGGGGCUGACGGGCGAAGAGGUAGAUAUUUAUCGCGGUAUGCUGCCUACUUGCGCAUAUGGUCCGGUGUAGCCACGAUUUGGGUCUGGGCAGUGGGUUAGGGUUAUAAGAG